CCUGCUGCUCGGGUGAAUGUUUCGUCAACCAAGCGCCAUGAAACUGAAAUUGCUGUGGCUGCACAAAUGGGGUUUCAGUACGCUCAAAUGGAAGUCCAGGGUCAGCUGUUGACUAGAUGGCCUGUUCAUCUACGUCGACGUUGGUGCCCAUGCGGAUAUUGGUAUGCGUUUGGCAGCUGUGUUCACGUACUUUACGCAUUACGAGUCUCUAAUUGUGUCGAUUUGGCAGGACGCGACGUACUCGUAAGUCGUAAACGAAAGCAGAACAACUCAAGCGCGACGUAG